CAGAUUCUCCAAGGGUGUUUCAUCCUCUCUAAAAUACCCAGCUGACACGGCAAGGAUUGCAAAGCACAGCCCCCAGCCCCGAACUCCAUAUAAAUAGAAGGCUCCCAGCUGGUUGGAAUGUUAGAGAAGUUUCUCGACUCUGAGCACAAAUGUUUAUUUAAGCUCCUGCCAGGGAUCGGACGGGAAAGCAGCAGGUAGACCGAGGAAACAAGCGUCUUAAGUUGGGGGGUUUCUCGCUCCCUCGAAGAGAUUUUUUUCACCAACAAGGUAUUUUUUUUCUUCGCUCUCCCACUUUCUCUUGUGUGGAGUUUCAAACAAACAGGAUACGUUUUCUCUCCUCUCGCUCCCUGCCUCCUGAAUUCUCUGCUCCCUGCCUUUGAAAUCUUUGAAUGAUUCAGCCCUGAUUUUUUUUUAUUGUGUCUGUUUUGGGGAACGGGUAUAAACUAAUAUAAACUGUCAGGAUCCGGGCACAGCAGUCCCCCCCCCCCCUCUGGUUUGGGUGAGUGGAUGACGCAAUCCUGGGAACUUUCUCAAGGGAAACUUUGCACUAAGGAACAGAAAAGCAAACAUUGACAUUCCUUGUGCCUUGGCAGGUUUGUCCUCACUCAGUGUUGUUUUUGACUUAGAAGAAAAUCAUGGCUGACGGCCAGAUGCCCUUUUCCUGCCACUACUCCCCCAGGCACCGACAUGUCCGAGACCGAUUCAGAGAGCCUGGCUUGUCCUCUCGACUCCUGGACGAUGACUUCGGCAUGUGCCCCUUCUCUGGGGACCUGACUGCGGACUUGCUGGACUGGGCUCGGCCACGACUGACCAGUACCUGGCCCGGUCCACUGCGCUCAGGAAUGGCCCGAGCCUCUGGCAUGCCCCCGCCUGGAUACGGCUCCAGGUUUGGCAGUUACCCUGAAGGUCGGAGUCCUGCUCCCUUCUCUGGGGAGCCCUGGAAGGUGUGUGUCAACGUGCAAAGCUUUAAACCCGAGGAGCUGACCGUGAAAACCAAGGACGGCUAUGUGGAAGUGUCAGGCAAACAUGAAGAGCAACAGGAAGAAGGAGGAAUAGUCUCCAAGAACUUCACCAAGAAAAUCCAACUUCCAUAUGAGGUGGAUCCUGUCACAGUUUUUGCUUCCUUAUCGCCAGAGGGCCUGCUGAUCAUUGAAGCUCCACAGAUCCCUCCCUACUGCCAGUACGGAGACAGCAGCUAUGGCAACGAGAUCCCAAUGGACAGCCAAGAAGCAACCUGUGCUUAAAGGGUCUUCCCCAUUCCCUUUCUUCCCACUCCCUCCCUGAAAAGAUUUCUCUCCAAUUCCAGACGUGAUUGCGUUAGCUGAAAGGAAGCGUACAUUGGAUAUUUUCUUAAAGGGUCGUGUUUCCUCACAUUUUACAAACAUAUUCUUGUUCAAAUCAGAUUGAUUUUGCACUGGGAGAAGGUGGUUGACUGUAAGCCUCCCGUACCAUUACUAACAUUGUUCUUUGUCAUACGGUUGCACCUAGAUGGCCUAAGAGAGCUCAGAGCCCUGUUGUGCUAGGCACUCGACAUACUAACAGUCGUAGAUAGUCCCCGUCCCAGUGAGCUUACAACUGAAAUAGGCAAGACAGAUGAAGGAUGGGAGGCGAAGUGACUUACCUGAGGUCAUACACAAGGUGAAUGGCAGAGUCAAGAACAGAACCCAGGCCUCUUAGACUUCUAGUUGAGUGCCUUAAUUACUAGACCAAACUGCACUUCCCUAUUAUUGGUCACAUUUUUCUCCGGUAGCUGCCACUGACCAGCAUGGGGCAGAGAAUUUACCAUAGCAAGGUCCAAGCAGUUGUUGAAAUCCCCUUACAAACUGCUCCCAGGCUCUGAUCCUAGCGAGUCUUAUUGAAACUGGAGUAGAUAGCUCCAUAGCUCCAACUUCUCUCCUCGACACUUCCCCCUCAGCAAUAAGUAUCCAAUCCAGCCCACAGUUUCACCAAGGUUUUAUAGAGGUCUUACAUGCUCCAAUAUUGUUUAUCUGUAUAUCAGACAGAACAAAGUGGAUGUCUUCUUUAUUAUUAUUAUUAUUUUGCUAUAUGUUAGAGAUGGAAUAUUUAUGACAAUAUCAAAAAUCUUUUCUCCUCUUCAAUUCAAAUGCAACUCUGUAGUCAUACCAAUUGUGCGUCUUUUUCUUUGUCCUUAUUUGAACGACUGCUCUUUAAACAGCCUCUUGCCAGCAUCUGCACUAGCGAUGGAAAGAUAUUGUUGCUUCAUAGACAGACAAACUGACAGAUCUGACAUAUUUCAAAAUGUAAAUUGUGUGCAUGUUUGGAACCUUUUUUCCAAAGAGGAUUUGUGCUUUUAUUGGACAAACUUGAUGAAUAAAAGUAGUUGACAUUCUUA